GGCUGGGCGGUAUGCUGUACAGAGGGACUUCCUGGAUGCAGCAUCAGGUUAGAGGGAGGAGUAACAGACUGGGGACAUGAAGUGACAGUUCACACUCAUCAGAGACUCACACAUGGCUCACAGUCAACAAGGAGAGCACACAGAGAGAGACCUGUGGACACAGACAAGGGGACCAGAGAAAGAGGUGAAAGAGGACAGACCCUGGUGUUGUGGUUGAUUCAUUGAGGCAGUGGAGACAGGAUGUGGGUCCUCAUUUUGGCAGCUCUACUCUUCUCUCUGACAGAGAGAGCAACAUGUCGAAAACUGGCAGCACCACCAACAGCAUCAUCCUGGACCAUCACCUUCAGUCCAGCAGAAAUAACAGCAGAGAAGGGACUAUGUGCUGUUAUUUCAUGUACUUUCACUCACCCUGAUAACAUCAAGCCUACCGCUGCAAUAUGGUUCAAGUGCCCUACAAAGGGCAAAUGUGAUAAGGAUAAAAUCAUAAUGUUCCACUCCAAAAAACCCUCUCAAGCUCAGGAGGGUUAUAAACAGAGAGUGUCUCUACUGGAGACUGAUCUGACAAAGAAGAACUGUAGUGUGAUCAUCAACGACAUCAGAGAGAAUGAUGCUGGAGAGUAUCAAUGCAGACUUCCAAGUUCACAUACAUACUCGAAGAAAGUGAACAUCACAGUGAGCGCUCUGACCCAGAAGCCCUCGGUGUUGACUCCUCCUCUGACAGAGGGAGAACCAGCUACUCUGACCUGCACCGCCCCGGGGAUGUGCUCUGGAACUCCUCCUAACAUCACAUGGACAUGGAGAGGAACAGGAGACAACAUCACUGAGCUCAGAGACAACAUCACCAUACAGAUGAGAGAGGACCUGACCACUGUGACAACAACCCACUUCUCAACGUUGACCUUUACCCCCUCAGCUAAGCAUCACGGCACCAACGUCACAUGUCGGGUGACAUUCAAUGGCCGCAUCACCACUAAGAAGACACUGACAAUGAAUGUGGCACAUGUGAAGGAACCCAAGAUCUCUGGCUGUAACACAGUGAGAGAGGGUGAUACCAUGUAUCUGACCUGCAGUGAUGACAGCUACCCACCAUCAUCAUCUAACAUCACCUGGAGUAAGAAGGGGACAACAGCUUUGGAACGGAAUAACUCUGGACGGGCCACUCUCAUCAUCUCUAACAUGACAAGAGAACAUGCUGGGGAGUACGUGUGUACAGCUCAACACCACAGUAGAUCUCUGACGGCUUCCACUGUUGUCACUGUGAUGUUGAACAGCACCAUCAGCCUGCCUGUCAGAAACCACACCAAUACCACUAUGGAGUGUGUCAGCAGAAAUGAAGCGGGCAGAGUGAGAGAGGUGCAAGUCACCCAAAUAGGAAAACAAGAAGAGGAUGUGUCUAAAGACAUCAUGGCUUUGCUGUCGGACCUAAAACUGAUUACUGCAUUUGUGGUUGGUGCAGCCCUCUCAGCCACCAUCUGUUGUAUCUUCCUGUGUUUGACAGGGAAACGUAAAAGACGCAAAGAGAGGAUCCCAAAGGACUCAGACUCCAAAAGCCCUUUCAUGAACCUGGAGAUGGUGACAUGUGAAGACCAACAGAUGGAUGCAGGACAGGCUGUGGGGGGCAAACAGACCCCUCUGCAGGUGGAGCUGAGGGAGGGAGAAGAAAACGGAGGGCCCCAGACCAGUGGAGCCGUAGGGAAAUCUACCACAGGGGGAGAACCAAAUGAAGUGGACUACGCCAGUAUCAACUACUCCCUGCUGAAGAAGAAGACUCCUGAGGAGGCAGAAAAGAAGACCACCACCACAGAGACAGACUACGCCGAAAUCAAACGACAGAAGAAGAAUGAGGCGGAAGAAGAUGGUGGAGAGGGGAGUGGUGUGAUGGAAGAGGUGGAAUGGGAGGAAGGGGAGGAGAUUGUAGGGAAGGAAGAGGAGAAAGAGAACGGUAAGCCAUUACGAGAGACAGAUGAGGAUACAGCACUUUACUCCAACAUCAAGGCUAUAAUGGGUGGAGAGUGACACAGCAACAUGGGAAAUAGUGCACAGUACUAUGGCUUCUAAUAUACAGCACUGCGGUGUUUUCUCAUAUUCCAGAUUGAAUGUUUUAUGAUGAUAGAGACUUUGUUUAACUGAAACUACUGUAGGAAAUAGUUUUGGUAAUUCUUUCUUUUUCAGCCUUGUCUAAUGUAAUGUUAGUUUUGUAAUGAUUCUGUUUUUGUGUCACCAUGGAAGGACAUGGUGUCUCCUCUGAUCCUUCAUGUUUUUGUAUUUUGAUUUAACCCCUAUAUAUUUAAAGCCUAUAUAUUGAGGCACUACCUUACUUUUAAUGUUUGUGUGUAUUUUAGUUGUUUGCUAUCUGCUGAUGCUUUAACUGUCUUGUAGCAUGAUUUACUACAGUACCCAUAAUGCUCUGUAUCAAUAUACGGUUUCAUCUUGGUAAAGACAUUCCUAAAGCUAACACUAUGGUGUCCCGUCUACUUAUUAAUACAUUAGAGGAGGCUGGUGGUAGGAGCUAUAGGAGGACAGGUUCAUUGUAAUGGCAGGAAUGGGACUGCAGGGUAGCCUAGUGGUUAGAGAGCGUUGGACUGGUAACCGAAAGGUUGCACAGAUCAAAUCCCCGAGCUGACAAUCUAUCGUUCUGCCCAUGAACAAAGCAGUUAACCCACUGUUCCUAGGCUGUCAUUGAAAAUAAGAAUUUGUUCUUAACUGACUUGCCUAGUUAAAUAAAUACUUGAAACUGUAUCAAACAUAUGAAAACCACAUGUAUGACUGUGUUCCAUUAAUUCCAUUCCAGCCAUUAAAACAAGCCUGUCCUCCUACAGCUCAUCACACCAGCCUCCUCUGUAAUACAUGGUGUCAGAAAUUGGAUGUCUAUUUAUUAUCUCCACAAAUUGUAUUCGACAGUGAUUACACAGAUGGUGUGACUGCAGAGAACAGUAGAGGUUUUCUAUAGAACUCAUCCAGUUCCUUCACCGUGUAUUCUAUGUUGACAUAAUCAAAAUGUAUAUGUUCACGAUCAUUGUAAAUAAGAAUUUGUUCUUAAUUGACUUGCCUAGUUAAAUAAAUGUUCCAU